AUGCUGCGACUAGGACGGCAUGGCUCUACCCUUAAGGCCUGUUCUCUCCGUCAACCGGCAGCAGCUUACGCGAGAGCGACCAGACCGUCCUCAAUUUGGCGAAGAGACCCGAUCGUCCCGUCUGGACCGCACGACAACAUCGUGCGCGGCAUCACCACCAACACCUUCACCAACACCACCACCAACACCGAGCAGCAGCGAUCAGUGGCCUUGUCCCGAUGGAUCCAGGCUGAUCGGCGAAGAGGGCCGCAUGUCGGGCCUGCACCAGCAGCGUCGGUGACGCAGCUGCAGCAGUGGAGAGGUCUGGCAUCUGGCUCUAGUGGGAAGGGCAAGGGCGGAGAGGAGGAAGGGGGGAUGUUUGAUCGCCUCAAGAAGACCUUUACGGAGGAGAUAGACAAGAACCCGAGCCUGAAGGAGAGCCUGUCCAAGCUUAAGGAUGCGGAGCAGAAGCUCAGGGAAAACCCUAGCGUUAAGGAGAACCUAGCUAAGCUCAAGGAGGCCGAGAAGAAGUUUCGGGAAAACCCCAGCGUCCAGGAAAAUUUGUCCAAGCUCAAGGAUGCGGAGAAGAAGUGGAGAGAGGACGCAAAGAGCAAGCAGGGUGAGUUUGCCGAGCAGGCGGAGAAGGCGAGGGAAAAGGCACAGCAAGGCGGAGGAGCUUUCCAGGAAAAGUUCCAAGAGCUGAAACAAACGCUCGAAGAAAAGCUGGGAAAGGUGGGCGGGGAGAGCGGCGACGGGAAGGACGGCGGCGAAGGAAAAGACGGCGCGGAGAACGAGUUCGUGCGGGCCUCGAAGGAGAAGUUCUCGGGGGCACAGAAGGCGCUAGACGAAAAUUCGCUGUUCUCCAAGCUGAGGGUCAAGACCCAGGCUUUCCGAGAAGCCGUGGCGGGCGCUUCUUCCGAGCUGUUCCCUUCGGAAGGACAGAAGGCGGAGAGCGCGGUGGUGAAGAAGCUCAAGCAGCCCAAGAAGGAAAAGAAGAAGAAGAAGAAGAAAAAGGACGGCAAGGAGAAGGCCCCGGUAGAGGGAGAGGACGACGAGGAGGAGGAGGAGGAGGAGGAAGAGAAGGGGGGAAUGGGAAGCCUGAUGAUCGUCAAGACGGCGGGAGAGGCGUGGGAACGACUGCAAGAGAGGCUCAAGGAGUCCCCCAUCAUCCAGGACCUGCUGGGAGCUUCUAGAGUUGUGGCCUCGGGGUCGCUGGGACAGGGGGCCAAGUCUGCGAAGGACACUGUGAAGGACAAGGUGGAGGACGUUCAGGAAGCCUGGGAGACCAGCCAGCACCCCCUGGUGUACAAACUGUCCUCGGCGUGGGAUAGCUUGACGGCGGAGAGUGAUGAGGGGAUAGGGGUGAGGGAGCUCCGGCGGCUUGACCCGUCGUUCAGCGUGGAGGACUGGAAGAGAGACAUCCAGGAGCUGUUCCUGCCGGAGUUCAUGUCCGCCUUCUUGAGAGGCGACGUUAAGUUGCUAAAACAGUGGACGGGGGAGGCGUGCUACAACAAACUUGCGUCCGAGGCUAAGCAACGAAAAGCCGACGGCAUGGUCUUGGACCCGCACGUACUGGACAUCCGGCAGGGGGAGGUGCUGGCCAUCAAGGCGGACGCCGGGAAGGCCAACCCUACGAUCGCGUUGCAGUUCAUGUGCCAGCAGAUCAACUGCGUCCGCAAUAAAAAGGGCGAGAUUCUGGAAGGUGCCGAGGACGACAUCCGCGCGACGUACUACAUCCUGGCGUUCCAGAGGGAGUUUAACGACGACGAGGCCGAGCUGAGGUGGAGAGUGGUGGACAUGAUGGUCGUUGGAGCCUUCCCGUGGUACUAGGGGGCUACGUUGCAAUGUUAGCGGAGGCCGCACAGAGAAGUCGCGACUGUCGUGAUGACGUAGGUAUAUAGAUAACACACACACUCGGUAUGGCAGCGUGAGUUCGGCAAAUCCGUGGUACGACAUGUGCGAGAAGGGAACG